UAUAUAUUCAUGAGAGAGAAAUAUUUACAAAGGAUACUUUUUCAUUGAAUUACGAUGUAAUUGUUUGCACUAAUAAAAUCUUUAAUUUUCAGUUUGUGUUCCUGGAACAUUUGGGGAAAAUUGUGAGGAAAUUUGUCCAAAUGGAACAUUUGGUUAUCUUUGCCUCGAGAAAUGCAACUGCAGUGAAGGAGUAACCUGUGACAAAAGACUUGGCUGCGUUGAGCACAGUGCUUCAAAUAAAGGAAAUUUGUUUAUCAUUGUUGUUUCAACAAGUCUUGUAGUCAUCCCUAGCGCAAUUUUAAUAAUGCUUCUAAAGAUUAGGGGCGUAACGUUGUGCAAGAAAUGCGGUGAUUUUGCACCGUCAAAUGAUAAAUCCGAUAAGAUAUUACCUGUUUCUAACAUUCUCUACAAAGAAAAAAAGACAAAUCAGCCUACACCAGUACCUGUACCGAAACUUAGUUCAAGAAACAACACGGAGCAAACCUCUUUUAAUGAGGACGGUGGUAAUGAAGAAUUCGAGCAAGGUGUUUACAAUACCCUUACACUUCGAGUCACUGGUUACGUUGAACAUGAAACAUGGACAAGACAUCCAGUCAUUGAUCACCAUACCGAUGCCUCUUUCAAUGCCUCUAGUACGAAGUACUUAUGUGACUCUUUCAAUAGUAGUGAACUGGCCUCUGACGACGGCAGUUAUAAAGAGUACUCUUCAAUCUAUCUCCAAAAUAAUGAAGCCAGAUAUAAAACAUUACAGGAUCUUCAGUAUGUGGAACCAGAAAACAGAGGAAAGAUCAGUAUCUCCAGUUACCCGGAUGAUGUCUUCAAUUGUGAUGAGCCAGUACAGGUCCACAAAGGAAUGGAUCGAGAACUUAAUUCAAAUGAUAUGCUCAUGAAAGAGUUGUCUUAUCAGCUUAAGAAUUUAGCAAAAAAUUAA